UUUGGGUUUCGGGUUUGAAUGUUGUAAAAGAAGGGAACAAAUUUCGGUUUGGAUUGGAUUCUAAUUUGAAAAACCGAAUUAAUUCGGUUUGGUUUGGUUUGGAUUGGAUCGAAUUUUAAUUCGAUUUGGAUUCGGAUUGAGAUUUCUGAAAUCGAAUUAAUUCGGAUUGGAUUCGGUUUUGACUAUAAUCCAAACCGCAAACCGAACUUUCAUCCCUAGGUACACCGCACAAAGAUCAUCAUCGUCUCUUUUACAAGGCGCGUGUAUAAUAAACCGAUUUCUUUUUCAGAAUUCCUUCUCUGUUAUCUGGAUAUUUCUUUCUCUUUCUUUUUCUUUUUUUUUUCCCUUUAUCUUCAUCCCAUUUCGCCAAUUUCGUUUCGAUUUAAACGAAAUUGAAGCAGCUUCAAUAAUCGGUUUCUGUGGUGGGCAAAUUUAGGUUAUCAUGUCACACCUUCCGGUCGAUAUUUUAAUAAAUAUUUUUCUUAGAUUUCGGGCAAAAUCACUGCUGCGAAUCAAGAGUGUGUGUAAGUUAUGGUAUAAUAUUAUUAAAGAUCCUGAUUUUGUUACUCGCCAUUUUGAACAAUCCAAUUUGCAAAUAGUUUUCAAAAACCCUAUCCUACAUUUGAGUGAUUUUAACACGUUUAAUAAUGUCGUUGAAUUGGAUUAUCCUUUCAAGGAUAUGGAUGUUAUUUAUAAAGAGGGAUCAUUCUAUAAUGGCCUUCGUGUAAUAGGAUCAUGUCGUGGCAUACUUUGCUUAUCCAUGACUUACCAUCCCUACACCAUUAUCUUUUACAACCCUACCACGCAAACUCACAAAAUCCUUCCGUUUUUGCCCCUUAAGUCUCCCUUUAAAGACAAUUGGAACCUUGGGUUUGGCUAUGAUCCCGUAUCCAAGGACUUCAAGUGUGUGAGUAUAUUACAGUGGAAAUCUUCUGAAGGUAAUUUCAUGAGUCAAGCUAUGGUUUAUAGCUUGAAAGCUGAUUCUUGGAGACGAGGGGCUCAUGAUGUUCCGUACUAUGAUAGUCACUUUAGGUAUUGUGUUGACUUUAAAGGAGCUUUGCACUGGCCGGUUGAUGGUGAUAAAAUACUAGUCAGUCCUAUAGUUUGCUUUAAUCUUAAUGAUGAAAGUUUUAGCUCCUUGCCAUUGCCCAACUAUGAUAUAGAGUUCUACGUGCGUGUGCACAUUGGAGUGCUUGAUGAUUGCUUGAGUCUAAUGCUCAACGAUUUUAAUUAUUGUGAUGUGUGGGUUAUGAAAGAGUAUGGCAUAUCCUCGUCUUGGACUAAGCUGUUUAGAGUUUCAAAGCAUAAUAUAGUUAAGGAUUUGAUGCCUAUUUCUUUCUAUAAAGAAAGGAAGAUAUUGUUGGCAAACUUCCUCCUCUACAAUGUUGCUUGUGUGAAUUUGCAAACUUUGGAGAUAACAAAUUUUGAACUCCCUGGUUUCGGUCGAAUAUGGAAUGUGUAUGUAUGCCCGGAGAACCUUCUUUCGUUCAAGGAUGUUGAAGAUGGUCUUGUAGGGACACGGAAACUAAGAAGAAAGAACGCCGAAAGGCUAAGAUUUAUGAGAAAAGCACAAAGGUCUUUACAACACUUUGCUUCUAUUCUGCAACAAUAUGAUGAGCCGAAUCCCUGAUCUAAUUUUGAGUCUUGACCCAUGUCAUAUUGCUAUGCUCAAUUAAGUGAACGGAUUAAAGGACAACACUAUAGUUUAUAUUAGUUUGUCGUGUUCGUUAUUUGUAAUGAUUUCAUUUGGAACGAGCUCAUAUGAGACUAUGUUUUUUCAACAAUAUACUUGAGUUGCAAUGUUAUCUUCCAUUUAUAAGAACCUUGAAGAUGCAACAAGCUAACAAGGUACGUACAUAUACUGCCUCUUCAGGUACAAUAGUAUCUCCAGUGAGCACUUUACCUUGUUACCGUGCCUCAAGUUGUGCCUGUCUAGGAGACGAGUAAGCCAUGGUUGAAAUAUUAGUGAGCGGUGGUGGUUUCAAGAUAAUGAAACACAUUAAUUAAAAAAUUUUUAAGCAAUAGGCACAUCAUGGUAUCAUUCUUUUUAUCUCAAAAUUAUAUUCGUCGUAAUUGAGUCUGGGCUAUCUCUUUAUUUC